CUGUAUUUAACCAUUGAUAUUCUGUAUGUAACCAUUAUAGCAACACAUACUGAAAAUUUACACCAUUUAUUACUCUUUAAUGAAAUGGAUUAUUUUAUUAGUUUUAAUUAUGUGAUACCUUACAGUAAUAAUCUUUUAUUAUAUAAUGUUUUGGAAGAUUAUAAAUACUAAACACUUAUAAAGAAGGGAAUAUAUAAUAGUGUGAACUUGAUAUACACACCCUUAAUAUCAUUUAGAAAUGUAGUUAAGAGAAGGGAGGAAAAAUAGCCACCCAUAGAGUAUAAAAGCUUACAGCAAAGGCUCAACAAGCACAGUAAAGUGCCAGAGAGCCAGCAGAAUGUAUCAUAAUAAAAGGAUAUUGUGGUGCCACGUUGUUAUAACGAGUAUGCUGAUGUGUAUUCUAUUUGAGAAUACCAAAGCAAUCGUAGGAAUUGACGAAUGUCAAGCAACUCCUGUGAUACACUUUCUUCAAUAUCCAGGCUGUAUUCCAAAACCAAUACCUAGUUAUGCUUGCAGAGGACGCUGUAGCAGCUAUCUACAGGUGUCCGGAUCGAAAAUUUGGCAAAUGGAAAGAAGUUGCAUGUGUUGUCAAGAAAGCGGCGAAAGGGAGGCUAGUGUAUCCCUUUUCUGUCCGAAAGCAAAACCAGGAGAAAGAAAAUUCCGAAAGGUUGUUACCAAAGCCCCGUUAGAAUGCAUGUGCAGACCAUGUACCAGCAUCGAAGAAUAUGCUAUAAUACCUCAGGAAAUAGCUGGAUUUGCCGAAGAAACUCCAUUUACAACGUCCGCUCAUUUUAGACGAUCGCCUGGCCUAUAAUAAUUUCAUUUUAAAUCUCUCGAUGUAUUUAAAAAAUAUAAUAAAUCAAUGUGAUGAAGAAA